GGAUGGAGGAUGGAGAAGCACGUCAAAGUUUAGCCAACGGCAGCACAAAAGCAUCCAGUCCGUCCAAAGAGGCCUCUUUAGUGCUGCUAAACAAACAUGGAGUCGGAUUCCCGCACUUGUGGAGCAGUUUGACCCAGUUUGUGAGUCCACUGCAGCCCGCCCAGCCCCCGCCUUCAACUUGCAGCAGCGACAUGGAGCAAUCACCGAGUCCUCCUCCCAAACCUGCCCAGCAUGAGCCCAUCAGCUUCGGCAUCGACCAGAUCCUAGGAGCCGCCGCGGAGAGCGGAGCGGGACGGCAGCUGCGUGAUGCCGGCAGCGGGGAUGGUUACUACAGCCUGGGGAGUCCCGGCCGGACCUGCACGCCUUCAUACACGGCUCUGGCCAUCUCCUUCUCCGGCAUGGACGCCCCUCACGGCUCCGUGUACGGGGACGGGAGGAGUGUUGGCGGCCGAGGAGUGAUUCGUGUGCCGGCCCACAGACCGCUGACAGCCCCCGGACCUGCGGCCCCGGUGCAGAGCGCCGUGCCCGGGUUUGGAGGGCUCUGUUUCCCCUGGAUAGGGAACCGCUUUACUAAGGACAGAAUAUCAGCGGCUCUGGUUCCCUUCUCGGUCACCAGGCGGAUAGGACACCCCUACCAGAACCGGACCCCCCCUAAGAGGAAAAAGCCCCGCACGUCCUUCUCCAGGGUGCAGAUCUGCGAGCUGGAGAAGAGGUUCCACCGCCAGAAGUACUUGGCCAGCGCCGAGAGGGCCGCCUUGGCCAAGAGCCUCAAGAUGACGGACGCUCAGGUCAAAACCUGGUUCCAGAACCGCAGAACCAAGUGGAGGCGGCAGACGGCGGAGGAGCGGGAGGCGGAGCGCCAGCAGGCCAAUCGUCUGAUCCUGCAGCUGCAGCAGUCCGCCCUGCACAAGUCCUUGGGCGAGUCGGCCGUGGCGGACCCGCUGUGCGCGCACAACUCCUCCCUCUACGCCCUGCAGAACCUGCAGCCCUGGGCCGAGGACAGGGAGUAGGGAGGCCACGCCCACCCCCAGUCACGUGAGGACGAUGCAUCGGGGGACUGACGUCACCUUCUGCAGGACACUUAGGAAUGGUUGGACCUUGUUCUUGGUGAGUCACGUGACUUUUCAAAGCGGGCCUGGACUCCAUUGGACUUUUUCAUAAGAAACUGUUCCAUCCAUCCAUGCAUCCAUUUUCCUCCGCUUAUCCGAGGCCGGGUCGCGGGGGCAGCAGCCUAAGCUGAGAAGCCCAGACUUCCAACAUGUCUUAAUCGAUGUCUUCCUAUGAUCCUGUCAGUGACGGCAUGGAGGAGAGGUGGAGUGACAGCAAGCCCCCCAAUCACACAUUUGUCAUCAGUCCGGCACUUAAUACUCCCCCCAGAGCUAAUUUAUAUAUGAAGUAACGCCAUUUAUUCACGGACACAAUCGUGUACAUAUGAGGUUUGUAAGUAUGCAUGUUCAGUGAUGGUGAUUAUAUUAUCUGUGUUUUUUUGUUUGUUUUUUGUACUUUUAUUGUGUCAAUAACACGUAUUUUGUGACCACGUUG